CAGGACCGGGGCUCGAUUUCGGUCAGCUGCUCCCGCCACAGUUCGCUGCUCCAGCGCGUCCGCUGCUGCCGAGUGACCGCCGCCUGGUGUCCACGCCCGCCCGCCCCGCCCGCUGCCGAGAUGAUGUGCGGCGCGCCCACCGCCACGCAGCCGGCCACGGCCGACAUCCAGGCCAUCGCCGACCGGGUGAGGUCCCAGCUGGAAGAGAAGGAGAAGAAGUUCCCGAUGUUCAAGGCUGUGGAGUUCAAGAGCCAGGUGGUCGCCGGGAUGGUCUACUUCAUCAAGGUUCAAGUGGACGAGGACAACUUCGUGCACAUUCGAGCAUUUGAAAGCCUCCCACAUGAGAGAAAGCCCUUGGCCUUGGUCGGCUACCAGACCCACAAAAGCAGACACGACGAGCUGACCUACUUCUAGUCCUACACGACGGGCACAGAGCCCGUCGCCCACGUGGGUCUCUCCACUGCCAACCUGUGUCUGGGAGCUCACGCGGUGCCACUCGGGGUGGGGGUGGGGGUGGGGGUGGGGGGUGGGACGCACCUCUCCGGUGUCUCUGUUCCUCACUUUCAUUGUGUUCAUUUUUUUCUCCCAAUGAUCUUAAGUAAAUUACUUUCAAGGA